GUCCUCAUCAAACCCAAGCCAGUGACCUUCCAGGCCACGGUGGUCAGCGAGCAGGCGAGGCAGCUGGUGACGGAGACCCUUCAACAGGCCUCUCGCGUGGUAGAGACCAGCAACGCGUUUCUGCCAGAGGUGAAGGAAGAACCUCUGGUCUAUACCGACAGCAGUUCCUCUUCGGUGGAGUCCAUCCAAAGUUCCCAAGAUUCCCAGCCCGUGGUCCAUGUCAUUGCUUCCCGGAGCCAGGAUUGGUCGGAACACGAAAUCUCUGUGGAUUCCAGUCCCACCAUCAUCUAUCAAGAUGUCUCCGGCGAAGCGCAGUCUGCGACGUCGACCAUUAAAGCCUUACUGGAGCUCCAGCAGACGACAGUCAAAGAGAAGUUGGAAGCCAAGCCUCGGCAGGCCACCAUCGACCUCAGCCAAAUGGCCGUCCCGAUCCAGAUGACCCAGGAGAAGCAGCAUUCUCCCGAAAGUCCGUCAAUUGCCGUGGUUGAAUCCGAGCUUGUGGCAGAAUACAUCACCACCGGUGAGUCCCUGUGGGAGAUGGGCGGGCGAGAAGACACACACACACCCCAGCAGGCGGUUUUCAAGUGGUCUCUCUGCAUGCAAGGAGACAAGAAGGAGAUCCGCUCACCUGGAUCUACCGUGCUUCCCUAA